UUGAUUAGCAUGGUGGUACUUAACCUAUUAGUGUGAUGAACACAAUCCAAUAGUAAUCUUGAAAUUUGAAACAUAGGCUUACUGUACUUUGUUUAGCCUAAAGAAUUAGGGGUGUAUUGUUUGAAUGCUUAUGCAUUAUACAAUUUGGUUAUAGAAUUUGUGACACCCGAUCUGCAUCACCAGCUCCUUCACAUCGUGCAACAAACAAGGUAAUUAUUCUAUUUGUUUGGUUGGCAUGGAUGAAUUUUCUGAGUCGAUAUGCUUCAAAUUUGGGUUGGCUCCGCCACUACUUCUGGGACAGGACAUUUAUAGCUCUUAGCAUGUUGUCUCACACAUCUUUCAUAUAAAAAAUCUCAGUGCUUAUCUGUUUUUCCCUUUAAUUCAUUUGACUUUCAAUUAGUCAACAAACAUUCUGCAACAGCAUUUGAUCCUCCAAGCAUCCAAAAUAUACUUAGUUACUUACCUUACUUUUUGGCAGAUACACUUCAUUUUACCAUGCCAAAACAUACUGAAUUGUGAUACUUUACCAAUAAUAAACAAUACUCUCAUUCAACAAACAAUUCCAUUACCCACCUGAAUCAAAAAAAUUAUAAAUUAGUUGCCUAUCAUUAACACAUAUCCAAAUGGUUAAAUGAUGUCUCUUACAUGACCUGCUAUCAGUGGUGAAAGGCAUUGCAAUGCAUGUGGCUUUGUAGGAUCACUCUGGCUUGUGCUAUAACUCUUAAUCCUCUUCGUCAAGAACCCAUCCUUACUCCCAAGGACCUCCAUCCCUGCAGGCUCCCCAGGUUCACACCAGUUAAUCUCUGGCUCAUUCUCAGCCUCACCAUUCCAAGAGUGCAGAAUUAUUUAGCAUUCACUAACAAUGUUAUAUUUAAAGUCCACACAAGAUUAUCAACCAAUUCAACAAGUGAACACCCUACUGCACCAAUUCAAUAAUUAAGUUACAACACUAGAAAACUGUUAACUGUUAAUCAGACACCAUUUUUAUUCAAACUUCCAAAGGCAGUACCGGUCUUGAUGGUGUUCAGUUCAAGUUGUGUGUAAGGUACUAAAAAUGUUAUAAGUGCAAAGAAGAGCUGGAAAAUUGUUGUAUGUUAACUAAAAUAGUACUAUGUUUGUUUAUUAGCUGCAAGAUUUAUGUAUUAGCUUCAAGUACUACUAUCCAUGAUCCUUAUUAACUUGAAGUUUGCAAUCCAUUAGUUAAGUUUUGGAUGUUGAGAAAUUUAUUAAUCCAAUAGUUCAUGUUUCUGUAGCAUAUAAGUCCAUGGCAGUGAAGAGAUAUUGAGCUACCACAACUAUGUCUUGAUGACCACAUAUCCAUUGGAGCUUGUUGAACUGACUGCCAAGACCAAGAGAGAUAAAUGCACUACAAGUUGUGCAUGUGUGGAUUCAGUCAGCAUCGACGCCAUACUCGAGCAACACCUGGACGAUGUUGGUGUGGUCUUGGCCAACGACGAGGUCGAGCAGUGUGCGGUCAGACUCGUCUAUGGCGUCUGCAACACGUCACUCGGGCUCUCUGUGGUUGAGCACCUCCUUGAGCUCCUCGACCGCACUGUCAUCGACAACAAGUCACGUGGCCACAAAUGUUCCUACAAAGCUCGCCCUGAUUCCAUUGUCCACAAACAACUGCUUCGUCCUCGUUGAGAACCACUCCAGGUUGACUGAGCCCAACGUUGUCAUGGGUUCCUUCACCACGACGCCGACUGCGACCACGCUGUGUAGCAGGGACACCUCCUCACCUCGAUUUCCUCCUCCUCGUGACAUCAUCACCAACUACUGUCCCACCAUCCUUUGCAUCCAACAAGGACAAGCACUACAACAAGAGGCCAUGGAUUUUGGAGGAUGAGACGGGGAACAUCAGCAUCAGGGACAAACUCUGCUUCAUACUAUUCGCUGACGCUAAAAAGCAAUGACAUGAUUGAUGUUCAAGUUGGUUCCUGGUACAGUGGCACUCUCCCUCGUCGACAUGUGGCAGGAGGCACACCCCACCGAGGUGUAACAUCCUAAAUUUGGAGGUAUAAAAUUUCUUCUCUAGUAUCCACCAAAUUCAGGUGUUACCUCUCUUCUCCUCUCUCCAUUUUUCUUUUUCUCUUUCUUAUAUUAGAGGAAUGGCUAUUUUAUUUAGAAAUGUAAUAAUACUCUAGUAGAUAAAAACUCCAAUGGAGUAUGAAUUGUUGCA